GGAAUCUUGACCACAAUGCAUUGGUAACGGAAUACCCUUCAAAAUGAGUGGCCGGUCAUUCAAUAGAAACACAUCUUAUAAAGAAGAGACGGACAGGGAUAGACCAACGCAACUUCACACUGGAACUCCCGUUUCGUACAGACAAGAAGCACACGACAGAUGGUCGAAUAAUAGACCACCAGAUGAUCAGCCAGAUCAAGUUCAGACCUUUGCAGGAUGGACCAUCGGUAUUUCAAGUGGAAUUUUAGCAGAACAUAUAUUGGCACAUCCAUGUAUAGUACUGAGGAGGCAAUGUCAGGUACAUCACACUGCCACCUGGUAUCAUCUGACUCCAUUUACCCUAUUACCUGUUAUGUACAAAUUACAACAACAACAGGGUAUGUCAGCAUUAUGGAAAGGUAUAUCCAGUGCAUUUGUAUGUCAAGGAGUUCAAAUGGUCAGUGAAACAGUCAUUAGUGAGAUAACACCUCUUCCUAAAGAAAUAAGCAGACACCAUACUGUAAAGAAACAUAUGCAACAUUUACUUCUUAAAGGUUUAGCCUUUGUAGUAACUACUCCAUUUUUAGUAUCUAGUCUUGUGGAGACAGUUCAGUCAGAUGUAUCAAGUGAAAGACCAGGAGUAUUUAAUUGUGUGACGGAAGGUGUUACUAGACUGAUGGGGAUGGGCUCAACACAGUUUACAAAGUUAAUACCCAUUUGGAAGUUACUCCUACCAACAGGAUUAGUGGGACUGUCUCGUUACAUCAUCAUGCAAAUGGCGAGAUAUACAGUUAUAACAACUAUACAGCAAGAGGAACAGGAAAAAAGGCAAGCCGCAAUUUCAGAAGAAGGGUACUUUCAGACAAAGUCCAUGUAUGACAUACAUUUUCCUGAAAUGUUAGCAAAUUUUACUGGAGGAUUUCUAGCAGACAUGAUGUUUUUUCCACUUGAGACAGUAUUACACCGACUUUAUCUGCAGGGAACCAGAACAAUCAUUGACAAUACUGAUACCGGAGUGUCUGUUAUACCUAUCAAUACCAGUUACCAAGGGAUAAUUGAUUGCUUCAGAGAUAUUAUAUUAGAAGAAGGACUUUCUGGACUUUACAAAGGUUUCGGAGCACUUUUGUUACAGUAUGCCAUACAUGCUGCUAUUUUAAGACUUGCUAAAUUUCUUUUUAAUAAACUAUCUAGUGAAUUUGCUGCCAGGAAUAAAAACACUGGCCGUUUAUGAUUUCUAGUGUAUAUUUUUAAUUAUUUUUGUUAUAUGUAUUAAGAUCUCUUUAGUUUAUGUACUUCCUUGCUUCAAUGGCUUAAGUUUCAAGACACUUUUUGUUAUGCCUGCGAUAUAACAUUUUUUAGAGGGGAUGCAUAAUGAUGGAUUAAUUUUGAAAUAUUUCAACAAAAAUUGCUUUUUACAAUCUAAAACAAUUAUAAAUCUCUCAUCUUAUUUUGAUUCUACUUGAAUAAUGCUUUUCAUUGGACAAAAAAAUUGCUACUUUUAAGUGAUUUUUUGGGGGGUCUUUUUUCCAUAUUCCAAAAACUAGAUAUCAGUUGAUGUGCCCUUGAUUUUUGGAAGUUGAAUUACUUUAUCAAAUAUAUAUUGUUUCACUUGAACUAAAGAUUAUUUAUAUAUAGUCCAACAACAACUAGGUUUAAAACAGAUUUAGCAAUAAGUUCACUUUUUCAUUGAUAACAGAUAACUGAGUGUUUUUAUUUACCUUUAUACAUGUACUUGUUUGUAUUUUGGUUAACAGCAUCACCAACAGCUUUGUCUAUGCAUAGAUUUUGAAGAUUCCAUGUAUAAAAAUCUUAGUUAUCAAUAUACUUUUUAAAACUAUUAACUAUAGUGCUGAAAGGUAACAUCGCAACAAGAAAAUUAUAUGUAGGAAAAAUCAUACCUGCUUUUUAGACCUGUUUAAAAAUCUAUACUGAUAUUAUAAAUAGUUGUAAAUUGUAUACUAUGUACAUGAUGUAGAUGAGACACACAUUUUCACGAAGCCAUUAUGUGUUAUAUUAAUUAUAUGAAUUUUACCUUAAAACUUUACAUUUAUAUUGAAAUAGACAUUCAGUCACCAUAGUCGCAGGAUCAUAAACUGUUGUCAUUUUCUUCUGUUACAAUAUCUAUAAGUGAAUGAAAAACAAAUUAAAUAUUUUAUAUCAUUAAAAUUUGUACAUGAUGUAUAGAAUGUUAAAAGUAGAAUGAGCAGUUUUGAUGAAAUUAUUAGAAAAUUAAUAUUCAUAUUUACAUAAUUAAUAAAUUAGAGAACAGUUAUUUUCAUAUACAUUUACUUUGAUCAAUUCUUGGUUUGUUAAUUAUAUUAAUCUAAGCAACAACAAAAAACACAUAUAUUUCAAGUUUUUUUUUUUAUUGUGUAAUUUCGAAAUUUUAAAGUAAUAGUUUUCCAAAUUAAUUUUAAAUAGAAUGCUUGACAACAAAAUACUAUGAAUAUUUGAGGAGGUAGUUUUUAUUUAGAAAAUAAAGGAAGUAUUUUGGUCAAUUUCUAGGUGCAUAGCAAAAUAGGUAAAUUUACAUUACAAUCUAAUAUAAAUUAGAUCAUUUUUGUUACCUAUUGAUUUAAAUAUGAUUUUUUUUUUAAUUAGAUAAAUAAAAAAAUACAGUUCUCUAGAAAAACGUUAGCCAACUACAUGAAAAAAUAUCUGUAUUAAAGCUUGCAACUUUUGAUAAAGUUAGUACUGACCUUUGACCAUAAACAUGACUACAAUUUGUAGACCACUUGAAAUACCUAAAGAAAUUGUCAUAAUUUUCCUUGAACACAUUUACAGAAAUAAGAUAAGAUAUAUGUUAACACAACUUCCCAACAGUUGCUGCUCUUAUGUAGAUAUUAUUUUACUCGUUUAUUUCAAAUUUAUUUAUAUUUGUUGUUAUUGAAGCUUUUAUAUAAAAUAUGAAAUUUGAAUAAAAUAGAAAUUGUCCUACA